AUGCUGGUGCUUGCUGCGCUCGUUUUUCUUUUGUCACCCUCGUCUCUGGCGGCGGGUGAGCCACCCGUGGUACAGUCGCUGAGCCAAGCGGCGCCGCUGUCGCCAGACGACCCCCUCGCCAAGUUCCCGCCGCGCCUCGACCCCGUGCGCUGGUCCAGCGGCCUGCCGCGCCUGCUGCUCAGCGCCAAGGACAAGGAGCACGGGCUGGCAGCGGGGGCGCAGCUGCGCCUGCUCCGCACCGACACCUCGGGCCUCAAGGCGGCGCUGCGGGGCUUGUCGGAAGACGACUGGGGCGAGGAGACGCAGCGCGCAUUGAAUGCCUGGAUCGAUGGGCGGGCACGGAACCUGAACGAGUUCAAGCCGGGGGCGCGCUCCGUCAUGCUGGUCUUCAGCGACCAGCACGGCGGCGGGGUGCUGCGCUUCCCCUGGUACGACCACUUCAAGCAGUGGGUGGAGCCCUGGCUGGUGCAGGUCCUGGGCCCGGGCGACCUGGACAAGGUCAUGCGCCUGCAGCUGGCCUUCAUGCCGCCGCACUCUGACAUCAAGCGGCACAUGGACAGCGGCGGGUAUGCUGCCGUCGGGCACCGCAUCCAUGUGGUGGUGCAGUCCAACCCGGAUGUGGCCUUUCAUGUGUGCGAGUCGCGCGCGGGCGCCAUCGCUCGUAACAUCACCUUUGUGCAGGGGCAGCAGGAGUGCCCAGCCAUCCACGUGGAGGAGGGGCUGGUGUUUGAGCUGAACAACAGGCUGCUGCACUAUGUGACCAACGGCGGCGACCAGCCCCGAAUCCACUUGAUUCUGGAUGCUGCCGAGACGCCGCGCUCCCAGCAGCAGCUGCGUGUCGGCGGUGUGUGCCGCUACGACCUUGGCAGAAUCAUGUGCCCGCCAGAGGCGCUGCAAGAAGCGGAAGGGGCGGCUGCUGCUGUUGAUGCAUCUGCUGCUCAUGAGGAGUUGAGAAGAUAA